CCUUUGCCGCCAUCUUGUUUACUAUCCGCAGUUGGGCUAAGAAGCAGUGCGGUUGAAAGCGAACAUUCCAUCCUCAUCACAUCAUUGAUGUGCUAUUUUAUAUAUUACCGAUAAGUUAACGAAAAAGGGAAACCGUAAACAUGAGUGAUAUUGAUCCGAACAAAUUAAAAGUUACAGAACUACGAGAAGAACUGAAGAACCGGGGACUGGACACGAAAGGGACAAAAGCUGUUCUUGUGAAACGACUAAAAAAAGCUUUGAACGCUGAAGCUGGAGGUGCAGCUGUAGAUGAAUCCCUCACAGAAGAAACUUCCCUCGAUGACUCCUCACAAGAUGGCGGUGGAGCUCUGGAUGAAAGCUCUCAGGAUAUCACAGAUACCUCAGCAACAGAGGCGCCACCAGCUGCUGAACCAGAGCCAGAGCCUGAACCAGUUGUGGAACCAGAACCAGAAGUAGUAGCUGAACCAGAACCAGUGAAAAAAAAAUCACCAGUUAAGGUGUCCCAGUCUGUUAAGGAGGAGCCUGCUAAGGAGGAGUCUGCUAAGUUGGAGCCUGCUAAGGAGGAGCCUGCUAAGGAAGAGCCUGUUAAGGUGGAGCCUGCUAAGGAGGAGCCUGAACCAAUGGAGCAGACUUCAACAGAAGAGGUCAAUGAGGAAGAAGAGAAAAAGUUACUGGGAGAAACAGAGGAAGAGGUUCCUGUUGAAGAGCUCACUACAGUUGAUGAAGCAACAUAUGAAGAUGAUGACGCAAAGGAUGAAGACAAAAAAUCCAGUGAAAACAAAAGAAAGCGAUCCCACUCGCAUGAUAAACAUCGCAGCCGGUCGAGGUCACCACGAGAGAGAAGAAGGUCACGGUCACCAAGAGACAGAAAGCCACGGAGUCCCAAGAAAAUUGUUAUGGAUGAUGAAACUUGGGAGUCUUCUACACAAACUCUGCUCGACAAAUACAACAGCGACCUGAACCUGAAGAUUGACGAGACUGGCCUCAAGGCCGAGCCCCUCACCCACGAUGGCUUCGCAAUGAUGUGGGCUGGAGCCAGAGCAAUGUUUGGUGUCAACAAAGGAAAGGUGGCUUUUGAAGUCAAGCUCCUGGAGAACAUGCACCUUGAUCAUGUAGGACAGGAGGAAACAAAUCCACACGUAGCUAGAGUGGGCUGGUCCAUGGACUCCACUUCUAUGCUACUUGGUGAAGAGCCAUUAUCCUACGGCUACGGUGGUACCGGGAAGGCAUCUGUCGACUGUAAAUUUGAGGAUUAUGGAGAGAAGUACACUGCUGGAGACGUCAUCACAGGCUACAUCGAUUUUGAAGAUGCAGAAUCUGUCUUCUUCUCCUACUCGAAGAACGGUGAAGAGCUGGGUGUCUGUUUCUCUAUAGAGAAAUCCACACUAGGAGACAAUGCCUUGUUUCCUCAUGUCCUUACCAAGAACACCUCUUUCGAAAUCAACUUCGGGGCACAGGAAGAACCCUGGUUCCCCCUGAAGGAAGAGUUUGUGUUUAUAGAACAGGUCGAGGACAAGAUCAGAGGAACACUCCCCCCUGCUAAGAAGGAGGAUUGCCAGAUAAUAAUGAUGGUUGGUUUGCCUGGAUCGGGGAAGACCACAUGGUGUGAGAAACACAGACUAGAGAACAUGGACAAGAAGUUCAACUUAUUGGGCACCAAUAACAUCAUUGAUAAGAUGAAGGUGAUGGGACUACCAAGGAAGAGAAACUACGCCGGUCGCUGGGACGUCCUGAUUGACCUUUCUAACAAGUGUCUCAACAAAAUGCUGGAGUCAGGAGCGAGCAAAAAGAGGAACUACAUUCUCGACCAGACAAAUGUGUAUGCAUCAGCCAGACGACGUAAGAUGCAGCCUUUUGAAGGUUUUCAACGCAAAGCUGUUGUGAUAGUUCCGUCUGAUGAAGAUUUCAAAAAACGCAUUGAGGAGCGAGUGAAGGAAGAAGGAAAGGAAGUACCAACUAGAGCAGUACUUGAAAUGAAAGCCAACUUCUCCAUGCCCGAGGAGGGGGCGCUGUUUGAUGUGGUGCAGAAUGUUGAGCUAGAUGGUGAUGAACUCAAGGAGCUCAUUCAGAAGUAUAACAAGGAAGGGAAAGAUGCUCUUCCACCACCAGAGAAGCGACACAGGGAAAGUCGAUUCGGAAACAUUGAGCGACGUGACAGCAGAGGCAACGAUCGAUCUGGUGGCAAAGACAACCGUGAUCGUGGUUACCGUAAUGACAACAAACGAGGUGGCUAUGGAGGCAAUAGAGGUGGCUACCAAAGAGGCGGAGGUGGAGGUUACAACAGGUAUGACAACCGUCACCGUGACAGCCGUGACGACCGUAGUGACCGCAGGAUGUCUGGUGGUGACAGGCGUUCUGGAGGUGGUGACUGGAAGGCUCGGGACCGCAAUGACAGCAGAAACUCCAGUAAAAGCUAUGGAAACAAAUCACAAGGCUGGGGCAACCAGGGUAGUUGGGGAAAUCAAGGAAGCUGGGGCGGCCAGGGUAGCUGGGGUUCUCCACAGCAAGGAGGCUAUGGGCAGUGGAACUAUGCUCAGGGUGGGGCCCAGAACUACAAUUGGCAAGGACAGAACUGGAAUCAGGGUUACUGGAACCAGGGGUACAACCAGACGCCAGCAGCCAGCAACCAAAGUAACACCACAGCCACAAACUACAAUCAGUGGGGAUCGUACAGUGGUUCAAAUUACCAGCGCUGAAAGUGUUCUCCAUGUUCCCCAUCAGUCAAGUGUAUAUAUAUAUCUAUGUCGGAAAUCAUGUGCAUUUUACAUAAUUGAUUACAUUCAUCACUCAUCGUGACUCCGUCUUUGAAUUGUCGUCACCCUCAAGAAAACAAAUAGACACGUAUAUCUUUUGUUUCUGUGAUUGGUUGUUUUUUGUUCUUUUAUCAAAUUUUGUGCAUUUAGUAUGGAUGUAUUAAUAGCAAGACAUCGGAUGAACUUUUUGUUAUUGAAUUUGUUUAUCAAGUGAACAGACCAUGUGGAGGGGAAAAUAUAGACAAUUGCAACCAUUGUCAGGUCUCAUCUCAUUCAUCUACAUCUUGUGGGUUUAUAUAACUGUUUUGAUGUUGAGUACAUUUUUUGUUACAAAAUGACCAAAUAAACAGUCUCUGUGAAUUU